UUUCCGAAGCUGCUAAGACUUCAGGAGGCUGGUGAUUGCUGAACUUUGCUCUCUCUGGGAAGAGUCCUGCCCGAUCUCUCUAAAGGAAACAGGCAGUUACCAUGGAGCAUCACUGGGGCCUAAUCACUGGCAACAAGGAGAAAGUACCACUGAAGAGCAUCUCAGUCACCUUGUCCAUCAAUGACUUUGUGGCUGCUGUGGCUGCAACCCUAAAUUAUGAGAAUGAGGAGAAAGUCCCCAUAGAGGCAAUGUUUGUGUUUCCUAUGGAUGAAGACUCUGCUGUCUACAGCUUUGAAGCCUUGGUGGAUGGGAAGAAAAUCGUGGCAGAGUUGCAGGAUAAGACGAAGGCUCACAGCAAGUAUGAGGAGGCCCUCUCCCAGGGCCACCAAGCAUAUUUAUUGGAAGAGGAUGAUUAUUCCAGGGAUGUCUUUUCUUGCAAUGUGGGGAACCUACAGCCUGGAACUAAGGUUGCCGUUACCUUGAGGUAUGUGCAGGAACUGCCUUUGGAAUCAGAUGGGGCCCUGUGCUACCUGCUCCCAGCAGUCUUGAAUCCAAGGUAUCAGCUUUCUGAACAGUCAGCGAGCAGUUGCUUGAAUGUACAGAAGCCCAUUGUCCCUUUGGAGGCCCUGCCUUACACACUCAGCAUGGUUGCCACCAUCACUUCGCAGCAUGGUAUUGAGAGGGUCCAAUCGAACUGCUCCUUGAGCCCUAUUCAGUACCUUACAGAUGACAAAACUUCUGCUCAGGUUUCCUUGACUGAAGGGCAUAAGUUUGACCGGGAUGUGGAACUCCUGAUUUACUACCGUGAAGUGCACAGCCCCAGUGUAGCUGUGGAGAAGGGAAUGCAGGACAAGAAGCGAGAUAGUUUGAUGGGAGCUCCUUGUGCAAUGGUGAGCUUCUACCCAGACAUCCCAGAAGUGAACGCCUCAAAGGUCUGUGGAGAAUUUGUGUUUCUAAUGGAUCGCUCAGGAAGUAUGCGAACCCCCAUGAGAACAGAGGAAAAUUCUCAGCUACGCAUAGAGGCUGCCAAGGAAACUCUGCUGUUGUUGCUGAAGAGUUUGCCUAUGGGUUGUUAUUUUAACAUCUAUGGAUUUGGAUCUUCCUAUGAACAAUUCUUUCCGGAGAGUGUGAAGUACACUCAGGAAACAAUUGAGGAAGCAGUGGAACGAGUGAAGCGUUUAGAUGCCGAUUUAGGGGGUACUGAAAUCUUGACACCCCUCCGCAACAUUUACAAGACAUCCUCCAUUCCUGGACAUCCCCUACAGCUCUUUGUCUUCACAGAUGGAGAAGUGAGUGACACAUAUAGUGUCAUCAGAGAAGUUAAGUUAAACAGCAAGAAACACAGAUGUUUCUCAUUUGGUAUUGGACAAGGAGCCUCCACCAGCUUAAUCAAAAACAUCGCCCGGGUAUCAGGGGGCACUGCAGAGUUUAUCACAGGCAAGGACAGGAUGCAGGCUAAGGCUCUUGGGUCUCUCAAGCUUGCGCUACAGUGUGCAGUGGAUGAUAUCUCCCUGAGUUGGGAAUUGCCUCCUGGUCUGUCUGUUAACAUGCUCUCUCCAGAGCAGCCUACCAUCUUUAGGGGUCAGAGGUUAAUCAUCUAUGCCCAACUGACUGGGCCUAUGCCUCAAGCAGAGAGCAGAGGAGCAGUGUGCCUCAAGCACACCCUCCAGGGCAAGAGUCUGGAAAACAAGGUGACAUUUUCCCUACAACCCAAGGAAAAUGCCAAUUUUACCAUUCAUCGGUUGGCGGCAAAGUUCUUGAUUCAGACCAAGGAUUUGGGAUCCCAUGAGGCCUCAAAGGAAGAGAAAAAGGAUGUGAUGAACAUCAGCCUUCAGUCUGGAGUUCUCAGCUCCUUCACAGCCUUCGUUGCCAUAAACAAAGAGCUUAACAAGCCAGUGCAGGGCCCUCUGGCCCACAGAGUCAUUCCUAGGCCAAUGAUGGCUACAUCUACGUCUAUGUUUAUGAGGUCAUGCAGUCGUCUCCCAGGUCCCUUUAAAAACUUACGCCUAAAACGUAGUUUAUGUGCAGCAGCCUAUGUUCCAUAUGGACAUGAAAGCACUUUAAGUUGCGGAUCUGUGUAUUCUAGCAUGGCAAGUGCAGCACCCAUAGAAAAUCAGGGAGUGGCAGAUUCUUCGAACGAGAAAAGCAACUCGCAAAAUGAACACAAAGCAUUUGGAGAGAAUGUUGUGUUGCAGCUGAUUUUUCUGCAAAAUGCAAAUGGCUCCUGGAAGCUGGAUGAAAAUCUGACCAAGAUCCUGGGCACUACGUUGGAAGACACCAAGGCUACAAACCCUUCUCAGCAAGGGGACCCCUCAGCCUGGGCCACAGUCCUGGCUGUGGUCUGGCUCCAUGCCAAUGGCCAGGAUUUAAAGUGUGAGUGGGAGCUUCUGGAAAGGAAGGCUGUGGCCUGGCUUCAUGAUCAUGCAGGUAGGGGCACAACCCCUCCGCCCUUUCCUUCUUUCCAUCUGCAUCCCAGGGAGCCAGGCCUGUAUGUGUUGCAGCGCACUCAGGAGUCCCUAUGGCUGUCCCAACUAUGCUGUCUCAGAACAUUGUUCCUACAGCUAAUCCUUCAUUUUCAGGAUUAGGCAAAGAUUGUACUU